AUGUCUGACAGCUUCGAUAUAGACGAUGACGAAUUUGCGGACUUUGCUUUCCUCCAGGAAUUGGAUGCGAUAGAAGCCGCAAGCCAACAGCCAGUGUCGAAACCAGCUCGACCAGCUCCUGUUGCGAAUGCAACUUCGAAUGCAACUUCAAAUGUACCUGUGCCGUCUGCUGGUCCUAGAUUUAAACCAGCACUUCGAAAUCAUCCAUCUUCUGAUGAAUUCGAUGGCUCGUUUGAUGUUGAUGCAGAAGAACUCGACAGACUUGAUGCCUUCAUUGCGGAUUCUUAUGCAGGCAAGGCACAGCCCGUAGCUGGGCCUAGCCGUACGCGUCAAACGACACUGGAUGGGCGAACGCUUCCUAAUUCUCCUAUUGAGAAGUCACAGCCGAAGAGGUCGUUCUCGAGGACGAAGUCGGCAGGAAACGGCGAGCAGAAAGCUAAAACUUGGGAUCGUACUGGCUUUUCGGAGACAGGCUUCCGUUCAACCAAGAAGAAAGGGAAGGGGAAGGGGAAGGGGAAGGGGAAGGAGAAGGAGAAAGAAAAGAGUGUUCCUGGCGGUGAAAAUAUUGACGAUGACUUUAAUGGCGAAGAAAUGGAGUUUGAGCAAUUCCCUUCGCCUUACGUUGAUGUUGGUCCACCGCCUCCGAUGAAACUUAAACCAGACUUGUUGAACGCUAAAGACUGGGUGUUUCCGUUGAAUCGGCCGCGAAGAGACUACCAAUUCAAUAUUGCAAAGAAGUGUCUCUUCCAGAACACCUUGGUGGCCUUACCAACUGGGUUAGGGAAGACGUUCAUAGCUGGGGUUGUGAUGCUCAACUAUUACAGGUGGUUUCCUGACGGUAAAAUCGUCUUCGUAGCCCCCACAAAACCUCUUGUUGCACAACAAGUAACUGCCUGUCAUGAUGUUUGCGGAAUACCGGGUAGCGACGCUGCCUUGUUGACCGGAGAAGUGCAGAAGCAUAAGAGGAGUUAUGCUUGGGCACAGAAACGUGUGAUAUACAUGACUCCUCAGACUCUGGUAAAUGACUUGGUUUCAGGCCUUGCAGAUCCUCUUGACAUCGUACUAUUGGUGAUAGACGAGGCUCACAGGGGAACUGGUGAUUACGCAUAUGCUCAAGUCGUGCGGUACAUGAUGGCCAAGAAUCCACACUUUCGUAUUCUCGCGCUUACUGCGACGCCAGGCAAUAAUCCCGAAGCUGUGCAAGCAAUUGUUGAUUCGCUGCAUAUAAGUCACAUUGAGAUUAGGAAUGAAUCAAGCUUCGACCUUCAGCGAUACAUCUUCAAAAAGGAAAUUCAAGUACGUGUGAUAAAGAUGGGCGAAUCGGUUCUUACGAUUCAGCGACUGUUGUGCAAAAUCACUGAUCCACUCCUAGACAGAGCUCGAAAAGCAGGCAUUGUAUAUGCCAGAAAUGCCAUGUCGCUCCACCCUUAUUCGUGCGUGGCGGGCUCGCAGAAGCUUGCAACUAGCAAGUCAGCCAAAGCCAGGUGGAUGUUUUCCUACCUUCGCGUACUCGGUAGCCUAGCGAGGGCGAUGGGGAACUUGAUGGAAUCAAGCGUUUCUGUUUGCUAUCGUUCGCUGAAGGACCUUAAGGAGAACUUGAAGAGUGGCGAGAAAAACGAUGACAAGGAAGUGAAUCUCCUCAGAAAUCCGGACUUCAUCAAGCUCAUGGAGGAAUGCGAGCGCCAACAAGCAUUGGGUUUUGCACCUCAUCCGAAAAUGAAGGCUCUAGUUGAAAUUAUCAUGGAUCACUUCAAUACUCCACCGAGUAACCCAGAAACGCCUGCACCUGGAGAGAGCACUGAGGCUGCGUCUUCGAGCACGAAAGUCAUGAUCUUCGUCGGGCUGAGGGAGGUUAUCGAUGAAGUGGUCGAUGUAUUGGAUCAGUACAAACCUAUGCUUCGGGCGACGCGUUUUGUUGGGCAAGGGAUAGACAAGAAGGGCAAAAAGGGAUUGGCACAGGCGAAGCAACUUGAGACAAUACAAAAGUUCAAGGAUGGAGAAUAUAACAUCCUUGUUUCGACUUCUGUUGGCGAAGAGGGCUUGGAUAUUGGGGAGAUCGAUAGGAUCAUUUGCUACGAUUCCUCAAAGAGUUCUAUCCAAAUGCUGCAACGUGUAGGUCGAACAGGGCGCAAGAGAACUGGAUAUGUUGACGUCUUGCUCGCCGAAGAGAGAGAAGAAAGGAACUGGGACAAGUCCAAGGAGAAUUAUGCAGACGUGCAAGACACAAUCAUCAGCGGCAACCAGCUCGAGCUUUAUACAGAUGCAGAGCGACUCUUACCAGAUAAUAUCGAACCAUCUUGUUUACAGAUCACUAUGCCGAUCGAAAAGUACAUGCCAGACACGAAGGAUUCACCAGCGCGUGGAAAGGGAGCCACUGUAAAGAAGAGGAAACGGAACGACGACAUAAAUCGGAAUAUUCCUCUCGGUGCGUCCAUGGGUUUCGUAUCCGCGUCCAAGCUUCGACCGAAGGCGAAGAAGGGGAAGAAAACGAAGGAUAUGGACGAUUCAGACCUCGAGGACGACAGCGAUGACGAAGAAAUCGCAAAUGGAUUGCACGCCCGUGCCUCCAAGUCCAAAAAGAAAUCCAAAAAGUCCAAUGACACAAAACGCAAGCCCAGCCAACGCAACCUGGUGGAUAUGCUGAAGGCCCCAAUACCUGAUCGUCUUGAUGACGACUCAGAUGACUUGGACAUCCAGAAAGGGCUUAAAAGCGAAAGCGAGUCAACAAGUAGUAGUGAACCAUCAGUACCAAAAAGACCCAAGAAACGGAAAGCAAUAGUCUCCUCUUCAUCUUCGGACGACGAGCCCAAAAGAUCCAGUGCCGAAUCAGGACCGAGUUCGUCAGGAGCGACGAUAGCAUCUGCGAAAACAGGGCACGAGCGAAGGACGUCUGGAUGGUUGCUGGAAAGCGGCUCCGAAGCAGAGACUUCUCGGCAUCUGGUUUCCGAGAAACUCAAGCCUGCCAGUGGAGGUGUGCAUUUCCGAAGUGCAAAGUCGUUAGGCGUGAUCGAGACCGUUAGCUCGCCAGAACCGCUUGCGGAGCAAAUUCCUGGCCCGAGCUCACCUGUACUUGCAACAAACAAAAAGGUAGACGAUGGUUCUCAAGCCAGCCCCGAGCCGACAUUCGCCUUCCGUAGACCCACCAAAAGAAAACUAGCAGCUCCCCCCUCCUCACCAACCGUCGAGCAAAACGAAGCACCACGCCGUCUCGUCCGACGCCGUUCACCAUCACCACCACCAUCUGCACCAUUAGCACCAGGAACACCAAUGGGUCCUCCUCCUGUCCCUCAACCUCAAGACAUCCGCAACAACAACCAACCCAAGAAGAAAAAACCCAAACUCAAAAUGUCAGACAACCCUGCCCUCUUCGACGUUGAAGCCGAACAUUCCGGCUCAGAAGUCAGCUCAGGAGGGGAGAACGACGACGCCUCUUCAAUCCUCGACAUGCUCGAAUCCUCAUCCGACCGUCGUUUCCUCGAAGAACUCCCCGAAACUCAAGCCUCUCCCUCAUACAACCAAACAGCUGCAUACCGCAUGAGCUUAAUGACACAAGCACCUACUAUAGACAACGACGGUAACGGUACUGGUGGUUCUACUGGCCCACAAUUCAAGACUAGGCCCAAGAGAGUUGGGGCAUUUGCGGGAGGGAGGACGCAGGUCCUUCCUAAACCUGCUGAUUGGAAUUCUUCUUCACCUGUGAGAGGGAGUGAGCCUGAUGAGUAUCAGAUGGGGAGUUUUGUGGUCAAUGAUGAUGAUGAUGCGAUUCUUUAUGAGCAGUCUAGUGAAGUGUAG